AGGGCGCGCAAGACGAAUGUCGUAACUGUCGCAACACAGCUUCAAUGCUGUCCGAUGUGGCGAUGGUGGGACUUUUGUGUGAUGGUUACACGCACGUCCGUCUGGCUCGAUUGUGGGAAGUUGGCAAACCCGUCGGAUUCUCUCCUCUGCAUCGCCGUGGGCAGAGAGGUUCUCCAAGCCAUAAGCCAACGAAGUCCAGCCCCCAAGUCUGAUUUUCCCCAUCUUACGCAACACAUCCAAGGCGCAUUGCAGCCAUGCAUCCAAGCAGCAGAAUUCCCUGCCGCAUCUGCCUCGCGAACAAACCCCACAAAGCCUUCUCGCACUCCCAAAUGAGCAAACUGCACGACCGCAUCCGCACGUGUAAGAGGCACAGCCCGGGGGAUCAACCGUACGUUUGCUGCCGCGACUGCGAGCCUGCGAAGCAGGGCAAGGUCAAGUGCGGGUGGUGUGGGGAGAAGAAGCAGAGGGAGGAGUUUUCGAAAAGGGAGUUCAAGGAUGUUGAGCCGACUUGUAUGGGUUGUAAGGGGGAGAUGGAGAAGAUGGGGAAUGACGGAUCCGAUGAUGGGGGUGAUAUUGAGGAGAGCGCGGUGGGUCAAAACAAUGGGGAGGAGAAUGAUGAGAGGUGGAAAGGGCUUGUCCGUGCCGCAGACAGUGCGAGUGGCGGAUGGAAGGAAGACGGAGCGACGGCAACACUGGUUCCCAUCAACGGGAAACGCAGUGCUGUCGCGUCAACAAUGGAAGACUCUGAGACGGAAACACUGGUUCCCACCAAGGAGAAACGCAGUGGUGUCGCGUCGACAACCUGUCCGCCGCAGUUCAACUUUCCCGAAGACGAUUGGUCCGCGUCAGGGACAAAGGAACUCGCUACAGAGAAACGCGGUGCGGGCGUGUCAGCAAGCAGUUCGUCGCAGCUCAACCUGAACGAAGACGAGUGGCCUGUUUUGGGGACGAAGUCUUAGUUGGACAGCGAGGGGAACCGAAAGAUAUGAGUAGCAGCAAGGACGGACAGGUCAACCGCCAUGCAUCCGCUACUAUGGUUCGCUCUGAGCUUGGGUGAUUGUUAGGUGAAUAGUGCAAUGGGGAGGAAUGACGUCCACCCAUCUCUCGUCUCAAUCACGUGUCUACUGUGUAAUAAUGGACGUCAUCCCGCUCGCACACCUCCGGCUAAACCUCGACUCCUUUUCCCGAAUAUAUACACGAUAAUUUGGUGUCCGCACUUCACCAAUCACUUUCAGUGCGCUGCCAACGGCUGUGAAGUGAUUGUUGCCUCCACUUUCCUCGGUGACCAAAAAGUGAAGUGCGAGGCGUCCCCCCUUCCCCCGGGCGGAAUUGCUAAUAUCUAGGCUCCGACCUAAUGAAAAAAAGCAACAAAACCAGGCUCCACGAAAGUCCCUAACGGGAUGAGUGU